CCCCGCCGUGCGCGGCACCAAUCGAGCCAUGGUCACAGCGCCAGCUGUUCCUGAAAUCUACGAGGACGAGGUACAAUCCGCCAUUGAGGCGCGUUCGGAAUCCCUUCAAUCACUACGAGAACUAGGCCCACCAGACCUCGUCCACCUCAUCAAACAGCCGAUCAAGUCCACGACGAAACAGAUUGGCGUAUAUCACCAUGUCUCCGGUCAAGACGCAUCUUCAUCCGCCAGUUUAGCAGCCUACAUCAACACACUCACAUAUUCGGCGCAUGAUAAGCAACACAAGGUGGUGUCUGGGCUCUACUGUUGCUACAAUGCCUUCUCAAGACUGGACAUGCGCGUACAAGUCUACAUCCCCGGUACCGUCGAGAGCUACUGUAUCGACGAGCGGGGCGACAAGCGAGUAGCGACCGACGAGCUAUGGCUGGAAACAUAUCUAUGCAGUGUGCUCCGCGCAUAUUCCUACGCCGAUGACGGUUCAGGCGACACCAUCAAGAAGAUUGUGGGUGUACGAAGGUUCAAUCCCAUUACCAGCACAGAGAGCGAGCACAAGUUCCUGGAUGCUGCGGAGCGCCUAUUUUUCAACGGCUGGCAAUUGGGAUCCGACCCUGAAAUUCAAGUGCCCAAUCUCGUCUCCAAUCACUUGACCACAGGGCUUCUCAGCUACAUCCACACGACCGGCAGAUAUACCUCAGGCAUCAACCUUUUCGAGAAGCUGCGAACGCGCGACCCCGAAAUCUCUUCUCUACUUGCGCGUGUUUACAUCGAAGCCGAUGAGGAAGUCCAGGCCGUACAACUACUCCACGAAGCGAUCCAGGAGCUGCCCAUGGACUACUCCCUUUUAGACUGCCAAGCCGAAUUCUGCAACAAGAAAGGCCGUGGAGACCUCGCACUCGAGAUCGCGAAGAGAAGUGUGGUGUCCGCGCCCAGUGAGUUUGGCACUUGGGCGCGCUUGGCGGAAAUCUACGUCAGCCUGGAGCAGUGGGAUCUGGCGCUGCUGACACUGAAUUCGUGCCCCAUGUUCACCUACCAGGACAAGGAUGCACCGCGGAUGCCAGAACCCCAGAAAGUAUUCCUGCCAAUCUUGCCGGAAGCCAUGUGCGACGAGAUCGAGGACAGUAAUGAUGAUCAGGAGCUUGUGCAUCCAACGUUGAGGAAGUUGCACGCUGCCGGCUUCAAGGGCACCUUCCUGAAAGCCUACAUACUCCUCACGGAAAUCACAAAGAAGAUCGGCUGGGAUCAACUUCUCAAAAUAAGAUCACAGGUCUUUGUCAUGGAAGAAGAGUACCGCCACGAGAAGACAACACAAGUACCGCACUCCCGCAGCGCUAGCACCACGGCGCUCCGCUCCCCCUCUCCUAACGCCCAAGCACAAGUCAACGGUCACGGUGAAGUCGAAGAGCGCUCCGACACAACCGAGACGCCCAACGGCGAGUCCUCUGCUGCCGCGGCCAUAGCAGCAGCCCAGGAAUCCUUAGAGAAGCCAGGUCAUACUGUAGCUUCGGAAGAAGUCAAGGCCGGCAGCGAGGACCCCCACGCACACGAUGCUUCUAACUCAGACCCCUCUGGACCUCACUACACACACUUCCAGAACAAGCGCCUCUGCGAACGCUGGCUCGACAACCUCUUCAUGGUGCUAUACGAGGACCUGCGCGUCUACACCAUCUGGCGUACCGAAAUGGCGCAGUACCGCCAACAGCAACUCUUAUACAAGAAGUCAGCGGAAGAGUGGGAGAUUCUGGGUGAAUUGGCGGAACGCUUGCACCACAAGGAGGAAGCGGUCGAGGCAUAUGAGAAUUGUCUGCAGAUCAAGUUUAGUCCCAAGGCGAUGAGGGGAGUACUAAAGUUGGGUGAGGACAGGAGGCAGACGAGGGAUGUUACAGCCGCGUUGAUUAGGUUGGUAACUUGGCAGUAUCGGUGGUACUCUGAGUUCUCGCCAAGCUUGCUGUACACGAUUCGGAAACUCAUCGAGGAAGAAGGCGCUGUCAAGAUUCGCAGCAUCAUCCAGGGUACGAGCUUACCACAGCAUGUCCUCGAUCUGACACAUCAGUACGCUGCGCUCUGUGCUGCAUUCAGAAGUAGUGGGAGCGAUGGUUAGAAACCAUGCCCCACAUCGCUGUGGCUAGAGGGUGUUUUGAAACUCGAUAGAUAGAUAAUAUCCGCAGACUUUUCGUGGGUCGUUCCGCAGCUAUGUUUGUGAAUGCACGAAAGCGUUGGUGCCGGAGUGGACUAUCAAGUUGGCUUUGCGCAUUGCAGCUAUAUCAAUGAGCAGUCUAUAAUCCAUAAUUUGUGACGCAUGC